AUGACUGAGAGUGCGUAUCUGAAGAGCAGCGUGGGGCCCGUGCUCGCCAAGGCGGUGGCCGAGACGGUGCUGGCGCAGCCCAGCAACCCGCAGGAGUACCUCGCGCUCUACCUCCUGCACGUGCUUCAGGAGGAGGAGCGCCGCGAUGCCGCUGCCGCGCUCAAGGCGAAGGCCGAGGUGCACCGCCAAGCGUGGGCGAGCGAGCGCGCACUGCGUGAAAAGCGUGCCGCGGACACCAUUCAGCGCUUCUACCGCCAAUGCAAACACUCCAUACAACUGCGGCGGGAGACGGAGGAGACGCUGUGGUCCAAGUACCAAGAGGCCGAAGAGGAGGCGGAGCAACUCCUCGAUGAGCAAGAGGCUGCCGCGGCCGCUGGCAAGGUGGGGAGCGCGGCAAGCGACAUGGAGGACACCGAUGGUGCGGCUGCGGCCGGCAGAGGGGACGGUGGCGCUGGCGAGGAAGGCUCAGUUGAGGAAGCCGCGGCCGCCGUGGAGGAGACACGCCGCGACUUCUACAAGGCGCAGCGCUUCAUGCUGCACAUCCGCAAGGCUCUGAUUGGAACGCUGAAGAAGGAGCUUGUGGACCAGCGUGAGCAGGUGCGGGUGGAGCAAGACCGCAUGUAUGAUUUGCUUGACAGGGCAGAGGCGGAAAUUAAAGAGAGGGAAGAGGCGGAGUACGUGGCCGCUGCCACUGCAGGGGCGCUCCCGAGCUCGGCAGCGGCCGCCGAACUUGCAAAGAAGAGUGCGGUGCCUCGUCAUGAGCGCAUUCCCGCCUCAAUGAUUAUGUACCGUGUGUUGCGCUGCUGGUGCUACAUGUUAUUCGACAGCACCCCCAAACAGACCGACACUCCGGCGAAGGUGGCAGCGCUUGUGAAGCCCUUCACGUUCAUGCAACUGCUCCGGGCCUUUAACCCUGUCGCGACGUACCAGCGUAAUCGGCCGCUGCGCCUAGAAAACGUGGGCAAGCAGGAGGAGGAGGAAGGUGCUGCGGAUGACCUGCUGCAGGAGGGUGGCGGGGAUCCGCUGCAGCAGCCGAAGCCGCGUCAGGCACGACGGGUGGGCCGCGUGCUACGUGUGCUGAUGCACGACGGCGAGUACGUGAGCGCGGUAAACCCUGCCGACUACAUCGACGUCGAGGAGGAAGGUGCGAACGAGGAGUCUGCUGAAGCUGCGCGCGGGGCGGAACUGGCCGCCCUCGUUGAGGCGGCGGCGAAGAAGCACAGUGUCAUGCUGUACGCCCUGCUGCGAUUGGUACGCACCGCUAGCGCCUACCGCGACGCGCGCGACCACUGGGUGGCGCUGCUGCAGCAGAACGGCCACGACGCACCGCCCGGUGAGGAGAUGCCGGAAGACGACGAGGCGGACCCAAACAAUGAAGAAGGACUGCGGGACGACGACGGCGAGGUGGACGAGGCCGCCGUUCGGCGCCUGCUGCUCACCAUCGGCACUGACACGGACGAGGCAAUCGCGAAGUUGUGGGUCAACAGGGACGAGGUGGAGCGCAAGAAGUGGCAGGCAAUGGCUGCGGCAAGGCACAGCGAAGAGGAAGAGGAGGCCGCAACGAACGAGGAAGCUGAGGAGGAUGGGGGGGACGCGGAGUGA